CUGUUCGACUACGCGGGCGUCUUCACCCCCGAGCGCGCGAGCGCGUUGACCGCGGAGCUGACCGAGCUCGAGAGCAGCACGGGGUGGAAAGUCCGAGUCGUGACCGGGUACGAGGGCGCGAUCAACGACCUGUACAGGACGACGAGAGCGGAUCGAAAGACGGUGAUCAUGACCGCGGACGAGUUCAAAGGCAACGUCCUGGAGUUUUACUACGACACCUCGAGCUUGAAGGAGGUCAUACCGAAGAACGUGUUCCAAGAGAUGCGAGGGAGGUACGGGAACAAGUACUACGUCGACGAGGAAGGGCUAGAGACCGCGGUCGUCGACGCGACGGAAGCGCUGCGAGGGUGCCUCGCGAGGGGCGGGUGCGCGUUCGUCCCCGGGUUAUCCCCGCAGCAGCGCGAGUUUUCCCUCGUCGCGGUGAUCACCGGCGGGUUCCUCUUCGGCGCGGCGACGGCCGCGGGGAAGAGCGCCGCGGAGCCGUCGCCGUGGACCGGGGUGUUCAUCGCGAUAUGGGUGCCGUGGGUGUUCGCGUUUGGGUUUUAUCCCCUCUACGUCAGGCAGCCGGAAGACUUGACGCCGUUAAUACAGAACGCCGCGCUGUUCGCCGCG